AUGCGGCGUGUCAUUAUCAGAGAAGACUCUCGUGAGGUGUCUGUGUAUAUCGCAGACUACAUUAUCAGCCGCAUCAAGUCCUUCAACCCGACGCCCGAGCAGCCAUUCGUGCUUGGUUUGCCUACUGGUAGCAGCCCUGAGCUCAUCUACAAGAUCCUCGUGCAGCGUCAUCGCGCCGGCGAGAUCUCCUUCAAGAAUGUCGUGACUUUCAACAUGGAUGAAUAUGUCGGUCUGCCUCGCGAUCACCCCGAGUCCUACCACAGCUUCAUGUACAAGCACUUCUUUUCCCACGUGGACAUCCCACCGCAGAACAUUAACAUCCUGGACGGCACCGCGACCGAUCUUGUAGCCGAGUGUGCAUCAUUCGAAGCACGGAUCGCCCGCUACGGUGGCAUCGAGCUCUUCCUGGGCGGAGUCGGACCAGACGGCCACAUCGCCUUCAACGAGCCGGGCUCGUCGCUGAACAGCCGCACGCGCGUCAAGACACUGGCCUACGACACCAUCCUGGCAAACUCCCGCUUCUUCGGCGGCGACACGGACAAGGUGCCCCGCAUGGCUAUGACUGUUGGCAUUCAGACUAUCAUGGAUUCCCGUGAAGUGGUGAUUGUAGCCACCGGAGCCCACAAGGCUUUUGCCGUGCAAAAGGGCCUCGAGGAUGGCGUGAACCACAUGUGGACCCUCUCCGCUCUGCAGCUGCACCAGCACCCGCUCAUCGUCUGCGAUCGUGACGCCACUCUCGAACUCAAGGUCAAGACUGUGCGGUACUUCGAAUCGAUCGAGCAGGCCGGCACCGAUGCCCGGACCCAGGGACCGGCUCUCGUUUACCGUCCUCGGACUUACGUCCCGGCCCCACUACCAACUAAGACACCCAAGUCCCAGCAGCCUACUCCCGAUCGCACUCCCGAGAAGGUGCCCAAGGACCUCCGCAUCAACACUGAGCUGCAACGCCGCGCACUGGAGGAAGAGGAGCUCACCCCAGAUAGCAUGUCCUCGCGUCUGGUCGACUCGGCCAUUGGCGGUAUUGAUGGUGCGCUGAAGAGCGACCUUAUCUUUGACCGCAUGGGCACCAGAAUUACCACACUCUGA